AUGUUGAAAAGUAAAAUCUCACCCAAAUUGAAAGAUCCGGGCAGCUUUAGAAUUGCAAUUUCCAUUGGGGGUCGAGAGGUUGGAAGAGCUCUUUGUGACUUGGGAGCUAGCAUUAAUCUCAUGCCUAUAUCAAUUUUUAGGAAGUUGGGAAUCGGAGAAGCAAGGCCAACCACUGUCACUUUGCAAUUAGCGGAUCGUUCCAUGGCGCAUCCGGAAGGGAAGAUUGAAGAUGUGUUGGUGCAAGUGGAUAAGUUUAUUUUUCCGGCGGAUUUCAUUAUCCUUGACUAUGAGGCCGAUAGAGAAGUCCCUAUUAUUUAG